GACUCUUUGCUAAAUCCUCCCUCAUGAGGGUAAAAACCGACGACGCUGCCCUCUGCUGAAGGUAGAUUUAAAACAAAGUGCGCCACACUAAGGCCCGCCCGGACACAGAUUAGACCUAUCCACACUAGGAUCAGAUCUACAGCUGCAGUGACGGCGCAAAACUGCGUCUGCCUCUCAGUUGCUUCCUGACUCGGAGUUAGCUCGGUGCUGCUGGUGCUGCUACUGGUGGUGGUUAUUGUAGCAUGUACUUCUCCCUACAGCAGGCGGCUUGAGGUGACUUUCCUGGGUGGCUGAGAAAAGGGGAAGUGUCGGUGAGAGUUCGCCUCAAUAACAUGGAUUACUGGGUAGGUGUCGCUUAACUUCAGUCACUUCGUAUUCACGGAACAUUCUAUGUGAUAUGAGGACCAAGGCUGUGCAAUAACAAGACGACAGGGGAGCUACAGACUUAUCUAUCAGUAGAAGAUAACGACAGACUUGUUUUGUGGUCCACAAACAUGGACCGUGAUCCUUGCCAUCAAAACCUUCUUUUACUGAUAGCCGGCUGCUCCGGUUUAAUUUAUCAUGAAACCUUUGGUGUAGCUCUUAUAUGCGAUCACCAUAAGUAGGUUGUACUGUUUGACAAAGGUUUCGAAGUUGAUCACAUUUCUUCACAGCCAGACACAAGCAAUAAAAAACAAUCGAUGUGUUUUUGUGAUAAAAUUCCUGUAGGGGGAAAGUUGUUUUGUGUGUGAAACUCUUUUAUUUAUGGCACAGACCACUCUUUAGAAAUAGAGACCAUUAUUGUCAUGACUAUAUGGGAAGCUUACACGGUCUGAUAAGAAGUAAAAAUGUGGAUUAUCAUAGAAAACAUGACACAGCAGACUCAUGUCUCAUGUCAGUCUCAUGUUUAUGAUAGAGAGUCUCCUUAAGGACAAGGGAGAAAGACCCAACCAGAGCUUCUGUUGGUUCUUUGUGUUAGCCUUUCUUAUGAUAGCUUCAAGACAGUUAAGAUAGUCCCAGGAUCCACAUCUUGAGUGUCUGAUCUAUUGCUCUGUCUGGUUCUAGAGCCUCAGUGAUGAUCUCCUGCUCUGUUUCUCCUCAUGUAUCCAUGAGUCGCCACCUCACACCCAGUACAUUUCCAUGAGAACAUGACCUUCCCCCUGAGACAACAAAAGCUCUCCUUUUAGUUGUUGAAAUGUUGUAUGAGGGGAAGCAAAAGCAUGGGCGUCCACUGCUGAACAAUGAGUUGGACAAUAGUCUUUGUUUGAAGUCUUUCUUCAUUUUCCUGGAGCAAAGAAAGCACUGAAUGGUUUAGAGAAGUGUGUAACAUAGACCAAAAACUAGUUGGAUAACAGAGAGCGGCCUAUAUCUUUAGGGGCAGACUUUUGCACUGAUGUUAGAUAACACCUUUUAAUCUAUUUUUUAUGACGUGUGUGUGUGUGUGUGUGUGUGUGUGUGUGUGUGUGUGUGUGUGUGUGUGUGUGUGUGGCAGAGCUCACUUACUGUGCUGCAUCUCUUCUCCUCCUUUACAUACAAACAGUAAAUCCCAUGAUGAUAACUCUCGUUAGUCCUCCCGCUCAACACAUUUUAUUCUAUUUUCUGUAACUUCCCACUUAGCUCUGUGUGUAGCUAACCUUGCCAAACCUGUAUGAGAUGAUGUUAUCCAGACAUUCAAGUAUGACAACUGCAGUUUGGGCAGGGGGUCGGACUCCUUUGGCUCCCUAAAGCUCCAGUCACUAAAGGACAACUGACAUGGAGCAUUAUGAUUGUGUUAUACCUGACACUGUUGCAGACAGAGAAACUCUCAGGCAUUAUGAACUGUGUACAGGAAUAUAUAUUUUAUAGAGGUAUUAGAGGAAGGCAGCAAAGUCUUUUGAUUACUUAAGAUACUAUCUUUUGAACCUUAAGCUUUUCCCCCAUCAGAUAAUGACUGAGGUUGAGAAACAAGUGUCCUCACUAUCAAACUGCCUGCUGUUGUGUCAUAAACAUAGCACUGCUUAAAGAUAAUAGAAAGACACUUAUGAAAUUACUUUCAUAAGUUUCUACAGCGAUAGUGCAGUGACUUUGGGAUCAGUUAAACCUCUUCAGAUGAUAAAAUAACUGCAAUCAUAUUGGAGUCACAUUAUGUUGAGUCUCUAGCAGGAUCAGAGUUCGCCAUCAGAUAUGAUCAUAUCAUUGAUAGUUGAACUUCCUUCAUUAUCUGAUGCUGAUUGGUUGCGAAACCUCCCUCCUCUGUCAUAAUAUGUUGUUACCUGUUGGAGAGCUGGGUGGAGUUUGAUGUUAGCCAGUUAGCUUAGAGCCGUCUCCCACUCUCACCUAGAAAAUGAAGUGACAGUUGUCAGCAGUCUGCAGAACAAGUGCUAGUCCUGCUGUGGGAGGGGUGUUGGUCUGACAAUGUCUUCUAAUGUGAGUACUGAAGUUUUGUGAUAGAAUUGAGGGUAAUAUAACAAUAAAACCAACAUUUAAAUGCAUGUUAACUGGUAAUAACACUGAGAUGUUAUAUAUACUGUAACUGAAAUUGUGAAAGGUGAAAGCUGUACUGUUUAACUGUUGGUUGAAUGUGUCACAUACAUUUUUCUGUGAAAACAAAAUUCCUUUCCUGUUAGAAAAUGACUCAAUGUUGGAGAACGAAAAGUUGAUCUUUCUUAAAAACAUGUGAAAGUAGAUUUGCAUUAAAUCAGUUAAAUGACCAGAGUGUGUUGGGGUCUCUUAAAACCACUCAGUCCUUGAGUUUUUUGCUCUUAAAGCUCCUGUGAGGCGUUUUUGAACAUCAAUAAAAUCAACUAAAAUUCAUAUUUACAUCUUUUUAUGAUUUCCAAAAGACUAUAAAACCACAAGCAACACAGUUAAUGAAAUUCAUUUUGUAAUUUUAAUGCCUGAAACUGGUCGAUGUCAACCGAGACAUAAAAGAUUUACAGAAGAUGAAAAAGUCAGCAGGAUGAGAUUUUUUUUAUCAGAAGAUGCUCCUGAAGUAUGUAAGGACACAGACUUGACAAACUUGACACCAAGUGACAGUUCCUCACAGGAGCUUCAAAUGAUACUCUCAAUGACCUUAAAUUUAAAAUGUGUAUAUUUAUAUGUAUAUGUCUCAUGUUGUGAUUCACACAGAGUGCCUUGGAGGUGUAUAAGGAGAUGGUCCAGCUGUACCUGGAGCAGGGCCGGCACCUGAUCAACUCCCACUGCAUUGACCUGGAGCCAUGGCAAAUCAUUGGAGCCACUUUCAUCACCACUCUCGGGGCUGUCUGGCUGAAGGGCUUUCUGUUUCAGCAAGAAAGUAAUCCCUUUAUCCUGAAUACAUGUAGAUAUGGGAGGGCUGCUUUGACCUCAAUCAGAAAUGCUAGUGAAGACAUCUUUAAUAAACUAAUAGUCUCCAUAAAUCACAGCGGCCAAUUUCCCAGCAUGCUUUUUGAAGUGUUGGUUUGGCUGCAUAACUUAAGAGCUUCGAUUCCAGCAGGACUAAAAUACCCACUUUGUGUACUCUGCUUUAGUUUUUAUGAGCCAUGUCCUGUCCUGAUAUGUGAUUUCAGGUCACAUUCAGCUGUUUCAUCAUGCUUGUGUUUUAAUGCGUGCCACUGUCUAACCACUGCCUUGUUCAUCUGUCUGAUAGGUCUCACGUCACGAAUCAAGAAGCAAUGCUUUCGACUCAUCAGAAAAAUACCCUUUGUUGGUGGAGCGGUGAGUUGCGAUGGUGAAUCUGUUCCCUUUUUCCCCCUGGAGAUGGCUGUGUCAUCAGUCUAGGCUGUUAUGAGUCAGCCUUAGAUGACAGAUUACAGCAUGUGAGGGAAGUGAACCUUUGGCACACUCAACAUCAUGCACUGGUGAUAACAGUCACUUACUUCUGGCCAUAAUUUCACCAAUGCACCACUUGUCACCAGGCUCUAUCAGAUAUGUAUAUAAGGUAUCGAUAGUAAUGAGGGGAUAUAGUUGUACUUUAUAACUGUGUAGUUACUACAUUAUAAACACACAUUAACAGUCUGAAACUGUUGAUACCCAUCAAUGGCUUCUGUCCUCCCUGUCCUCACGAUAGAUUCAGGGCCAGCUCAACAAGGCUCUGGAUGACAUGUCUGCCAGUCUCUGCACUCUAAAGGAGGGAAUGAGCUACACUCAACAGCUGCCCUCAAAAGGACUGUCUCAAAGUCAAGUGCUGGACAAAAUCAGAGAGUACGAGACUCUGAGUAAGUCACCACUCAUUCCCAUGGCCACAGUACACAAACCUGUGGCCUUUAUUUGGAACUUAAAAAGUAUCUUCUUUUCCAAAAAUGCUGUCAUCUAAAGAGACACGGUGUCGUUGCAGAUGAGGUCCAGUGGGAGAAAGGAUGUGUUUCAGGUGCAGUGUACUGGGGUGAUGAGUCGUUGACCAGUCUGCUUGUGAAGGUAUUCAUUUUUGUUACCUAAAUUAUUGUAUUAUCACUUUUUCAUCCCUGAAGUUUAUCAUAAGAGAAAGAACUAGUCAAAGUCCAUAUUUAGAGAGUUUGCUCAUUUGCUUACCCUUCUCUAUGACGUGAGGUGUACGGGGAUUUUGCCUGGAGCAACCCUCUUCAUCCAGACAUCUUUCCAGGUGUCAGAAAGAUGGAAGCAGAGGUGGUUAGAAUGGCUUGCACACUUUUUCACGGUGGACCCAACUCCUGUGGCACAGUAAGUUACCACGAACAUAUAUUCACAAGUAGCUUAAGCUAGAAAUGGAGGGAUUGUAUUGAUAAAAGCUGCACUCUGUCUGACUGUCCAGGUGACUUCAGGGGGAACUGAGAGCAUACUGAUGGCCUGCAAGGCAUACAGAGACAUGGCACUUGAACGUGGUGUCAGAUACCCUGAAAUGUAAGAGGAGCUAGAAGUUUUCUUGGUUAUAUUUUGUGUGAAACGUUGCCUUCUUCAGGUUUUGUAGAAAUUUGCUAUCUCCCUUCUUUGGUAGGGUGUAUUUUUUAACAUCUUCCAACAAAAUUAAAAGGAGAAGUUACUGAGAUGUCAGUUUUAGGGUUUCAAAGGUCAUUUCAGACUUGUCAGACGUUACAAUGUUUUUCAUCCCUAAUGGCUCAACUCUUCCUGUGUUUCUAUGACAUUCAAAUAUGACAUGCAUGGAACAGAUUAUUUUGACUUGAUUUUAAAGGUUUUGCAUGGGGCUGUUGAAAAGCAUUUCUGAGUCAUGUUUCCCACAUAGUUGUAACGUUAUGUUUCUGUUUGCCGGAUUUUUUCAGUCUUGCACCUGUGAGCGUCCACGCAGCCUUUGACAAAGCAGCACAUUACUUUGGGAUGAAACUGGUCCACAUUCCCCUUGACAAGAAAACUAUGAAAGUAGAUGUAAAGGUGAGAAUACAGGACGGACCAGAUUAAUCACUUUUCUUCAGCUGAGAAUUUUUUCAUAUUGUUUCUUCUAAAGAAAAACCUCACCUUAAAGGACUUGUAACCACCUCCAUUUGCAGUAUGCAAAAAUAACCUCUAGUAACAACAAUGUGCAAUAUUCAUGUCCACCAAUAACACCGUGCAGUAACAUCAGUGUGCAAUAAUCUAUAUUCAACAUUCUGGUAUGUCGGCACUCUGUAAAUACAGAUUUUUCUGAUCUUUUAUCUGUAUAUGUACAGUAUAUUUAAAUGCCUAUUCUACUCUAUUUUCUCUCCAGAGCAUGAAGCGAGCGAUAAACAGCAACACUGCCAUGCUUGUGUGCUCAGCACCUCAGUUUCCACAUGGAAUUAUGGAUCCCAUCGAGGAAGUAGCCAAGGUCAGAAGUGAAUCCUUUUUGUCUGAACUUUGUUUGGAAGUGAAAAGAAAGAAAUCUAAUUCUCAGAUACUCUUUCUUGUUCUCUCCAGCUGGCUCUGCGCUACAACCUCCCACUGCAUGUGGACGCCUGUCUUGGUGGUUUUCUUAUUGUCUUCAUGGCCAAGGCUGGUUACUCACUCGCUCCAUUUGACUUCAGGAUAAAAGGUGUUACCAGCAUAUCUGCAGACACCCACAAGGUAAUCAAUUUAUUUCUUUUGAAUCUGUGCUGCCGUUAGCUUUCCUGUUCAGCAGACUUACAUAUGAAACCACCUCUUAUAACCCAUGAUCAUAAGCACAUUUAUGAAGUCUUAUAAAUGCAACCUUAAGACUUAAUAACAACCAUUACAAGUGAUUAUAACCAUUCAUAACAGCUUGUAGAAGUGUCUCUGAGGUGUUAUAGGCAGUGAGCAUGGUGUCUUAUAAAGUUAUGGUUCAGAAGAAAAAAACAGCGUCUUUGAAUUCUGGGUAAAGCUGUCAUGGAAGCUUACUAUCAUUUAUUAGGAUUGUUUCAAAGCCUUACAGAUGUUUUAUAAGGCCUGGUUAAAUGUGCUCAGGAUGCAUUAUAAGAGGUGGGUUUAUGUGAGGUGAUACCCUGAGUUUUUUCUCUGCAGCUUAAUAAUCUUAAAGCACAAACUUUAUCAGUAAAUGUUUUUUUUUUUUAGGAUUUAAUGUUCUUGUUAUACAAUCAUUUAUGGAUUUAAUGGCUGGUGUUUGAUAUGACUUGGCUUCAAUACCUUACCCUAUUUUAAUCCUUUGCAGUAUGGCUAUGCUCCCAAAGGCUCCUCAGUUAUCCUCUACAGUGAUAAAAAGUACCGUCACUACCAGUACUUUGUAGCUCCAGACUGGCAGGGGGGGAUCUACGCGUCCCCUUCUAUUGCAGGCUCCAGGCCUGGGGGGAUCAUCGCUGCCUGCUGGGCCACUAUGAUGCACAUGGGAGAGAAUGGAUACAUCGAUGCCACCAGGAAGAUCAUCAGCACAGCACGCAAAAUAAAAACAGAGUAAAACACUUGGACCUUCUCGAGGAAUUGUAUUAUAUUCCAACAUUAAAUCUGUUUUUAUUUACUCCUUUGUUUGUUUGUUUGUUUCGACAGACUGCGCAAGAUCAAAGGUUUGUUUGUGUUUGGAGAUCCAGAGGUUUCAGUGGUGGCGAUGGGAUCAGAUGUUUUUGACAUAUUCCGUUUGUCUAACGCAUUGACAUCGAAGGGCUGGAAUCUGAACACACUGCAGUACCCAUCAAGGUGAGUAAAAACAUCCACAUCCACACAUUCAUACAGUGUUAGUCUCUGGACAUAGUAUUCACUCUGAUUUUAUCUCCCCCAGCAUUCACAUUUGUUGCACAGUUCUUCACACAAAGACUGGUGUUGCUGAGCAGUUCAUCCAUGAUGUCCGAGAGCAGGUGGCCAUCAUCAUGAAGAACCCCAAAGAGAAAACCACAGGAAUGGUGAGCUAGCUCUUCCUGCACAGCCUGUUUCCUUUAGUGCACUAAUACAAGAUCAGCCUGUAAAGGAUCAGUUAUGUGUUUCAUCGAGCUUUAUCAUCAUUAUAGUGUUAAAUUAGUUAGCUUUAGAUGUUCAAAAGAAGUUCUCUAUCAUCUCCAGCACAGGACUGGAUAUUUAAGCUUACUUGUGCAUCUGUAAUACUAUGCAAGUAUGUGAGUAAAGUUAAUAAGUAAAGGACCCACAGUAGGCACGAAUAGCUGUUCUCUUGUCUAAUUUAAAGGUAUAGUGUGUAAAACAGGAAUUCUAGUUUUAUCAGACAGUCAGACUCUAGACUGAUAGACUUCCUUGGUCCGCCCUCUGACAGGUGAAGCUGUGGUGACCUAGUGUUUAAUCCAAGUAGUAUCUCCAUCCAUCGAUCCAUUUUCUUCCACUUACUCAGGAUCUGGUCACUGAGGCAACAGUCUUAGAAAGUCACCCUAGCAACACUUUCCAGCUCUUCAACUGGGAUCCCAAUGUCCUUCCCUCGAGGUGUUCUUCCAACUGGCUGCACCUGGAACACCUCCACAGGGAGGGACCAAGGGGGCACACUUAACAAGUCCCAAACCACAUCAGCUGACUCCUUUUGAUGAAGGAGCAGUGGCUGUACUCUGAGCUCCCUCUGGAGGUCUGAGCUUCUAAUCCUCUUGCUAGGGUGGAGCCCAGACACCCUUAUUUCAGUAGGAUCUUCGUACUUGUAUCUGUGAUGUCACCCUUUCAGUCAUAACCAACAGCUCAUGACUGUAUGUGAGGGUUAAAAUGUAAAUGGACUGGUUAUUUAAAAGCGUUGCCUGCCAGCUCAGCUUGAUUUUCACCAUGACGACCCCACACGGUGCCUGUAUUACUGCUGACUCCACACAAAUCCUUCUGUCAAUCUCAUGAUCAUUUUUACCUCCACUUGUGAAAUAGACCCCCAAGUAGUUGAACUCCACUUGGGGUAAAGACUCACUCUUCAUGGGACACAGGCUGCAGGUUUAAGAUGACACAAACUGAUUGGACCAAUUAGAGUGUCAGUCUUAAAUAGAGUCAAGACUCCACUCGACAAGCUCAAACUUGCAUCAUGCCCGUCAGGUUCGUCAGGAGCACACCCAUGAAUGACAUGACAUGUCACUUGUAGAUGAAAAACACCAGUGAAAGCCAAGGUCAUGCACAGAGGAAAAUCCUGUUUAUACAUCAUGAGAUUACAAAACAGAUGACAAAUUUCCAUGUUUUUAUUUAUUUAUUUUUUUAAGUCCCUUGGCUCUUAGGUUUCUCCUCAUUAUGUGUGAUUUCAGUAUUUAAUUUAAGCAAGUCUGUUUUGAUUCUCAUUUAACCAAAACUAAGAACAGGAUGUCAGUUUAUUUUCUUACUCUGAGUCACAAGACAGUAAAAUCUCAUCCAUUUCAAACUCAUAUCCAUGACAUGAUUGAAAAAAGGUGACUGUGAAUCAUCAUGUCUGGCGCUAGAAAAGUGAAGUUCUCCUCUGAACAUGAACACUGAUGUGGAUCUACCUUGUUUGCUCCUUGUCUCACUUUCAUCGUUUGCCAUUUCAGGGAGCGAUCUAUGGAAUGGCCCAGUCCAUUCCAGACAGAUCAAUGGUGACAGAAAUCUCCCGAGGUUUCCUGGACUGUCUCUACAGCACUGAGGUGCCCAAGUCAAACAUCAGCCACAUGAACGGCAACGGUAAAGCCCACUAGAGUGCUAAUGAGCCCUCCUGACCCCACUCCACCAGACGCAGGGAAACACUCAACUCUUUCCAAAGCUUUGACUUAGCUCAGUAGCUCAACGGUUGCCUUAUCAAGCAUAUUUAGGACUUAAAAAUUAUCGGGAAUGUCCUUAAAGCACAAGCCAUCGACAAUACGAGCAACCCUGGAAACUGCUUGUAAGACUGCAUCAAAGAAGAGGCGGCUCACCUGACGGAUUCAGUUUUAGUUUUUUAAUUCAGUAAUGGGAAGGAAGUGUGUCUAUCUUGUUUCAGAGUUUUAUUUCAAUAUUAACUUUUCUUAAAUGUUAUGCAAAUGUCUGUCAUGAUUUUAAAUGAUUGAAGAAGAAAACCCUUUUUAACCGCCUUAACAUUUCAUUACGCUUUCAAUCCAGUGAUUCUCUGUAAUAAUAAAGCAAAAACACACACUGCUGCCUGGUGCACACUUAAAGCUUGUUGAAAGCACUGUGCUGCCCCUUAGCGUUAGAAUCUAUGUACUGCAUGAGACAGGCUGUGUGAGGAAACCUGUUCAGGGUGCAAGUUCUGAUUGUCCUUGUAUAUUUGACUAGAAUACUGUUUUAUAAAGGUAAAAGCACUGCAGUGUCCUGACAGGAACAGUGUGUGUGUGUGUGUGUGUGUGUGUGUGUGUGUGUGUGUGUGUGUGUGUGUGUGUGUGUGUGUGUGUGUGUGUGUGUGUGUUUGAACUUUAAUCUGUAAAUCAACAGAAACUGCAUUUCUGAUGUGAUGGUACUCUGUUAGCAUGACCAUACAUGUCUCUGUUGUUCGGCACUAAGUAGGUUCAUAUUGAUGUUUUAAAGGGCUGCAGUCUUGAUCUGUCUCCAGUUUUAGGCAGAUGUUAACCAUUUUUAGUGAAUUGGUUCAUUUGAAUGUUUUGAAGCUGUCAGAGCUGCAAAAGGAGAUCAGCCGCCUUGUUUUUACAGUGAUUGUUAUAACCAAAAUGGCUCAUCACAUUAGUUAGAUUUUUAUGCAAAUCAUGUGGAUUUCUUCUUUUAACAGACUGGGCUAAAGCCUGUUUCUAACUCUGUUUUUGUGUCUAUCAGAUUUGUCCGUCAGUCAGUUUGGCCACUUGUGCAUCACCUUGUUUUAAUCAUUUGAUUCCUAAUUCAAUCUACCUCAGUUUUUACUCAAUGCAAAUUUCAUUUAUUCUUGAAUUAAAAGAUAUUCUAACAGUGCAGCAGCAUUUUUGUUUUAUUUU